AUGGGUCCCUGGACAGGGACACGCCUAUUUACCAUCCUCAGCCGCUUCAUCAUUGGAAAACGCGACGUAGGGGAGAUCCGGCACCACGAUGUGCCGCGUCUGAGGCAGCUGGCCUCUGUGGUGCGACAGGCGCGGAGCGAGAUCGAAGGCUGUACGAACCCGGACGCCAUCAACUACAACCCCCAGGCGGGGCAGGACGAUGGUUCUUGCAUUGUUGCCGAGGACGGGCCCCCCGCGCCGGAGGGUGGUCAGGAGCUCCAAGGCUUCAUUAGCAAGGCAUGCAGCAUUACCAUCGCCAACGUGUUCUCCGGGAACUUCAAGGGGGACGACACCGAGCCCAGCUCCUACUCCGGAACAGGGUACUCAUACCGGGGCCGCUCUCAGAGGGACAUCCGGCGUCGUGUCGACCGCCUCCAGAAGUUUGAGAGGGUCAUUGAACAGGCCAUCGAGCGCGCAGAGGAGAAGAAGGAGUCAUGA